AUGGCUAAAAAUAAAUUAAAUUUUAAUCCAGAUGAAUAUCAAUUGGAAAUGGCCGAUAGUGGUGAUAAAUUUAUUUUGAAUUUAAUUGAUGAUAAAUUGCCAACCAUAAUUGCAAUUUCGGAUAUUUUUCCAACAUAUUUCGAUCUUGGAUUAUGUUCAAAGAAUUCAAUUCCAAUUUGUUUAGAUUAUAGUCGUAGAACACUUGAUAAGUUAAAACAUUCUGGUGAUAUUACUAUAGCUAGUCCAACGGGUAAUUCAUUAUUACAUUGUAUAUCUGGGAAAUUCAAUAGUGGAAUGAAAUAUGUCACUAUCAUUUCCGGAUACACCAAUACGCCAUUAUAUCGAUAUAUCGAAAGACGACCAAUUGUAACAAUUCUUGAUCAUGAAAAAAAGAAAAUCUAUGUUGUCUCUGUCCCAUUAGAUGAAUUUACUAUUGGGCAAUCGACAAUAUGUUUACCGGUUAGUAUUACAUGUUUGAAUGAUAAUGGAAAUCAAAAAUUAUUAAUUGAAAUUUUUUCAAAUACAAAAUCUUGUGAUAGUUAUUUACCAAAUUUAUCACAAUUUGCUCAGGAUACAAUUACUGAAUCAAUCAAUAUGAUUAGUUCCGACGAACCCAUCGAAGAAUCAAUCAAUGUAACAAAGGAAAUAAUUCUUCCAUAUCAAUCAACAGUAUUAAAUCAUCCACAAUGUCAAAUAUCAUCAAUGGGAAAACAUUCUGUUCUAAUCUAUAGUGGUAUUGAUGAAAUUGAUUAUUUUACAAAGAAAAUCAAUCCGAAGAUAUUAAUUCGAUCAAUGAAUACACAUAUUAUAUAUGAAAAACGAGAUGAUCAAUAUGAAUUACAUUCUCAAUAUCAUAAUAUGAAUUCAAAUGAAGAAUUAGAUAUUGGUCAACAACAUUUUCCAAAUUUAUUACCAAUGGAAGGUGGUGCAAUUCUUUUCGCAAGUAAAACUGUGCCAAAAUUAAAUUCAAAUCAGAAUACCAUUGAUAAAAUUCGUCAAAUCAUAUUUGAAAAUACAAUUCCAAUAUUUAUUAUUGGUAAAAUGGAUGAUUUAUGUCGUAAAGUAUCAACGAAAUUAAAAAUCAAUGGGAUUUACAUAUGUCUUGUCGAUUAUCCCGGUGAUGACAUCAUGAUAGAUGAUAUAAAACGAAAUCAUUUUUUAGAAAAUACAUGUAUGAAUGGUGUGACAGCCUAUGCUGGACCAUUAUCUCUCGUUAUUAUUGCUAUGAUGAAUCCAAAUACAAAUAAUUUCCAAUAUUUUUACGUUGAUGGCAUACAAUACGAAAAUUUCAUCGAUUCUAUCCCAUUCUUUGGUACAGAUAUAACAACGAUUAUCGAAACUAAAAUGAUAAAUUAUAUUCAAAACAAUGUAUUUGAGAAAUCGAUUGUGAAUAUUAGUGAAGAAAUUGUUUUAUUUAAUAAUGAAUUCAUCUCAUUUUCUAGUUUUAAAAAUCAAAUGAUUGCAAUGACAUUAAAUGAGAUUAUUAAUAAUAAAUAUCAAAUUCUUGAUGUUAUAUCUCAAUGUCAAAGAAUCUAUGAUAAUGAAAUCAUGAAUCAAUAUUCGAAUGAAUUGGUUUUAUUAUUAGAAAAUAAAAUUAAUCAAGUGAUUAACGAAUAUAAAAAAUCAUUCAGUAAUAUUCUCGAAUUAGAUUUGAAUAAUAAACAAAAACUAGCCAAUGAAUCAAGUAAAGUCAAAGAAUUAAUUCGAAAAUUAAAACGAAAUACUCAAGAACUAGUUGAUAAAAUUGGUUUAGCUAUAUCAAAACGAAAACAAUCAUCUAUUCGAUUCAAUUUAGCUCAAUUAAAAAAAAAGGAAACAAUUCGACAAAAUGUUCAAAGAGCAAUGAACAUGUCCUAUAACGAUUUUACAGAUUUAUUAGAAAAAUUAUGCGACGAAUCAGGAGUAUUAUGGCUCAAUUUAGAUUAUAAUAAUUUGAUUCUAAUGUUAAAAGCGAUAAAAGAUAAUAAAAUUGGUAAGUAUCUCACUAAGCCAGUAUUAUCACUGAUUAACUGUCGAAAUGGUGAUUUUAAUAUUGAUUCAUUUACCAUAUCUUUAUUAUUGGAACAAACUGCAUAUGAAAGAUUAGAUCCUAUAAGACCACAACAAACGAUUGAUAUUGUAACGAGUUUGCCAGUAUCAGCUACUUAUGAAGGUUUAAGAACAAGUUCAUGGUUUUUUCCUUUAAUUGAUAAAUAUAAAAAUUUGGAAAUCCCAUAUAAUUUAAAUUGGAUAAAUGAAGCAAAUGACAGUGAUGUAGCUGCAUUUCGUAUUAUAUCAAGAAAUACAAUAGCAACGGCUUCGAUAUUGAGAGAUUUACAAUUGAAUAUCCAACCACAAGAUAAGAAUAUUACCUGGUUUUUAAUAUAUAUUACAUUAGCAGCUAUUGAUGAAUUAGUUAAACAAAGAAAAAAUGAUGAUGAUAUGAAUCAUUUUAAUGAUACAUUUACGAUUAAUAUUCGAUGUUUAAUCUGUAACUUAUUAACAUAUACUGCUUCCGGGAAUGUUCCCGCUUCGUUUGUAUGGCAAUUAUUUAGUAAUAAUAUCCGUCCAGAUUUACCAAAAGAAAAUUUCGAAUGGGGUAUCUAUGUUCGACUUAUUGAAUAUGUUGAAUAUAGUGGAUGGGAUUUAAAUAAAUUAAAAACUAAUCUUCGAGCAUUAUUAUGUAGAUUAUUGAAUAAAAUUAUUAUCAAAGCUACAGAAUCCUUCCGUGAAAGUGAAGCGAAAUUAAAAAAAGAGAAAUCCAAGGAUCAUCUUGUUAAAAUGCAUAAAAUAUAUUAUCCUUAUUACGAGAAAAUGGUUCGCUAUUGUAAACAUAUACUAGAUACAAAUGAACCAAUCGAAAAUGAGAAAAUUACUGAAAUAUUAAAUGUAUUAAGUGAAUUUAAUAAUCGUCGAUAUCGUGUUGGUAGUAUUCAUCAAUUAUCAAUGCAUCUUAAAAAAAAUUUCAAAAAUAAAAUCUUUAUUGAUCAAUUAAUUAAUUGUAUAUUAUAUAAAUGGGAUAAUUAUGAUAAAAAAUAUAAAUUAAAACUAUCAGAAUUUGUGAAAAAAACAUUUUUUAAUUCUUCAUCUGAUCACGAACAAGAAUUAGAUGUUAAAUCUAUACAAAAUCAAUUGGAUGAUUUUCGAUUAAAACUAAUUGAAGAAAGACCAAAGAUGUUGUCGAUGAUUAAUAAAGAAAUUCAACCAAUUACAAAUUAUGAGGAGAUUCAGAAAUUAUUUACGCUCAUUGAAACAUCGAUUCAAAAUAAGAAAAAAUUAUCAGUAGAAGAAUUGAAAAAUCUUCGCACAUAUCUUGAUGAUAUUUACAAAAAUGAGAAUAAAUUAUGGCAACCUUUCAAUCCAUUUCCACAAUUUAUAAAAAAAAAUAAUCUUGAAAUUUAUUUUGAUAAUAAUGCAAACGAUACUGACAAUGAAAAAGAAAAAGUCGAAGAGAAUCAAGAUAUUGUUUUAUAUAAAAACAUAUUCAAAGAACAUUAUUAUGGUAUUAUAGAACAAAUUGCUAAUGAUUCAUCGAAUAUGAGAUUGAAUUCUAUCAUAGAAUAUACAGCAUUUAAUUCAAUAGAGGAAUUUAUUACACUAGCGAAGUUUGCUGGAUUUGGACAAACAUUUGAAGAAAUUGCUCAUACAGUCAAAAUAAUUUUGCAUUCAUUAAUUAUUAAUUGCAAAAAAUCAGCAGAUGUAGCAGAAUUUAUUGUACUGGAACAAUUUGUUUGA